UAAAGACGUUUUCGUUAGUUUCUCUCGAACUUUUCAAAACAAGAGCAUUAUUUACGUAUGUUUUGAUUAUAUUUGAUUUUCUUGUGAAGUGAAAACCAAAAUUACUGGUGAAUGGCUGGGAGGAUUCUUAGCAGCAAGGGCAGGGUGAUUGCCUAUUUGCCUAAUUUCCGUGUUGCUGUCAAACAUUUCCGAGCAUUCUCCUCAUACAAUGAGCAGAAAUUGUCAGAGUACUAUAGAGUACGAAGAACAGGGAGGAAAACAGUAUGGCCAGAUAAAAAUCUUGGACCGCUUGGUCCGAGAGAUAGUAGAUUUCCAUUACCAGGAUCAAUAGGACUUUCUUCAGGUUUAAAUACAGCAACUUUAGAAGAGAUUGAGCUACCAAUACCACAGGCUGUACUGGUACCAUCAACAAUAGCUGAUCAUCAUCAAGAUAUAUCCCAACAGUUGUUAGCACAUGCUGAUGUUAUAAAUGAUGAUGGUUUUCUACCUGAGACUGUCGUACCUACUCCAGCAGACCUGUUAGAAUGUGUAGCACAAGUUUGUCCUAAAACUCUUUGUAAAGAUUUUCAAGAAUUAUUUCCAGACAGGGAUAUACUAAAUGACCCAUUAACUGUUAUAACUUUAAGUCAAAAAACAGAAAAUGAUAUGAGUGGUUGGUCACCAGAUGUAGAGGAAGAAAGAGAAGCUUUAUUAGAAACUUUUAUGGAAGGAGCGUGUGAAAUAUGUACGUUUUUACAACAGGCAGGUUAUUGGGCUGAUUUUAUAGAUCCUUCUUCUGGUAAACCAUAUAUGGGACCUCAUACAAAUGCUAGCUUUUUUGAAACAGAUGAAAGAUAUCGUCAGUUUGGAUUUGAAAUUGAUGAUCUAGGAUGCUGUAAAGUUAUUCGUCAUCAUGUGUGGGGAACACAUUCUUAUAUUGGUUGUCUAUUUACGAAUGCCCCGCUUAGCCACCCUGUGAUACAGACUAUGAAAAAAAACAAUUAUGUACCUAUAGAAACAGGUGAAGCCAAAAAGUAAAUAAAAAUUGUGUUAAAAAUACCAGUGUAAAUUCUAAAUUUUAUAUAUUUCAAAAUAUGGCUCAAGGAGAAUGUAAUAUUGCACUUAGCUGGAGUUGUUAAACAUAAGGGAAUUUUUUGUUUAGUUUGUAAUUGUUCAUGCAUGGUUCCUGAAUAUUCAUCAAUGAAUUUCAUGACAGAAACUACACAAUUUCAAACACAAACUACUUCUUAGUGUCAUUAUUUUUAAGCUUUGUAUUAUGAAGAAUGAUACUCUGGUGUUAAAUAACCACCAUAUUGUGUUUUUCAUUCAGAAUUUACUUACUUAGAACCAUAAACUGUUAAAGAUAUGUCAAAUUUAGAAAUUCAUGGCUAUUGAUUGAUGUUUCAAAAAAAAAGUUCAAUCCUUGAACAGUAAUUUUUUCGAAUUCCAAGGACCAUGGAAACUAUGUUAUAUAACACUUGAAUCAUUGUAGUCCAAGCCAUUUAAAUUGUGAAAUUUAUAAUGCAUUGCUUAAAAACAGUGAAAUAUUUACAUCAAAUCAAGUAGUCCAAUCAUAUUCAUAGUUUUAUACAGUUGUAUUGUGGAAGUUUGCUGAUUGGACUGAACAUUUAAAGUGUAACACCCUGUCAGUUAUGGAUUAGUUACUUUUAGUAACAAGGUUUAAGGGAAUUUAGCGAAGUAUAUCAAAUAUUGGUGCAAGUCUCAAUAGUUAUUUCAUGGCAAGUUGUUUGAAUUUUGAAGUGUUUUAUAAGAGAACUGGUUUAAGGAGACGAAUGUAAUAUCUACCGGUAUAGAAGUAAUAUAUGAAAUUGUUGAUUGUUGUUUAUAUAUAUAUGAAUAUAUUAGUUAUUAAUAUAUUUUAAUUAAACAGACCAUCUGUUUUAUCUUUAAAUAAUAAACUUCUGUACAUACA